CGCCUUCCGUCUACGCGAGUGCACACGCCCAUUUCUCGCGUCUCCAUUAGUAACCACCUUGUGUCUUCGCUGCUCUCCGCACGUUCCGGCGAAUUUGAAAAAUUGAUAAUUGGGUCACAACUUCGAUUUCGGAGGGGGCGAGUUGGGAGCCGAGCGCAAGCGCGCAUUACAUCUCAUUUUUUCAGAUACAGAAUGAACAUGAGGCUCGCCGUGUGCAUCCUUUCUACACUGGUUCUCCAAGUGUCGGCUAUAAUUCAAUCGCCGCCACGGAUAUCUAAACAGCCACCGACAGAUGAGCAAUUGUUUCAAGUGAGUCAAAAGAAGAUCAAUGAGAACGAUAAGCCGUUCCUGAUCGAAUGCGAAGCGGAGGGCGAACCAGCUCCAACGUAUUAUUGGAUCAAAAACGGUAAAAAGUACGAAUGGACUUCGUAUGACGAACGCAUCGCUCAGCAGCCCGGUAGAGGUACUCUGGUGAUCUCGAAACCGCAAGAUGAAGAUCUAGGGCAGUACCAAUGUUUCGCGGAGAACGAAUGGGGUAUAGCCACGUCGAACUCGGUAUUUGUGCGGAAGGCCGAGUUGAAUUCGUUCAAAGAAGCAGAUCCGGUGUCUGUGGAAGUGAACGAGGGCAUACCGUGGAAGCUCACUUGCCACCCGCCCGAUGGCUGGCCUAAGCCGAACGUAUAUUGGCUGAUUCAGGAUAAGAACGGUGCCAUCAAGUCGAUCAACAACUCGCGCAUGACCCUGGACCCAGAGGGGAACCUGUUGUUCAGCAAUGUGACGAGAGAUGAUGCUUCAGACAACUUUUACUACGUCUGUGCCGCCACGUCUGUGUUCAGGAACGAAUACAAGUUAGGCAAUAAGAUCAUUUUGAACGUGCUAUCGACAGGUGCGUCCGCCAGCCAGAACAAGCACCAGCCUACGAGGCAGUAUGUCAGCAGAAAGAACGAAGUCGCCCUACGCGGCAAGACGAUCGAGCUGUUCUGCAUAUUCGGCGGCACACCGUUGCCGCAGAUUAUUUGGAGCAAGAACGGCGAACGGAUCAUUACGAAUGAUCGGGUCACUCAAGGGAACUACGGCAAGUCGCUCGUCAUCAAACACGUCAAUUUCGAUGAUCAGAGCACGUAUUCCUGCGAGGCGUCGAACGGAGUGGGCACAGCGCAGUCGUACUCCAUCAACUUACAGGUGAUGGCGAUACCAUACUUCACCCUCGAACCGGAGAUCGUGAAUGCCGCGGAGGACGAGGUCGCAGUGAUCAGAUGUGAAGCCAGCGGAGUACCUGUACCGGAGAUUAAAUGGAUCUACAAUGGCAAGCCGUUGUCCGAGGCGCCGCCAAACAACAGGAGGAAGCUCACGUCGAAUUCUAUCACCAUCGAGAGACUGAUGAAAAAUGACACGGGCAAUUACGGCUGUAAUGCCACCAAUUCGCUGGGUUACGUUUACAAAGAUGUGUACAUAAAUGUGCUGGCACUCGAGCCAGAGAUCACGCAACCGCCCAUGGACAUGAACACGGUCGACGGGAAGACCAUACAGAUCACGUGUCGUGUCUUCGGGGCGCCCAAACCGGAAGUCAAGUGGGUCAAGAACGGACAGGAGUUGACCGGCGGUCGUUACAAGACGCUAGACUCAGGAGACUUACAGAUCGAGAGUGUGACGUUCUUGGACGCGGGUACUUACACCUGCCACGCUUCCAACAAAUUGGGCACGGCAGACGCGUCCGCCGACUUGUCGGUUAAAGAGCAUACUAGAAUCACCGAUGAGCCGGAGGAUUACGAAGUUGCUGCAGGAGCCACUGCCACAUUCAGAUGCAACGCCGUCACGGAUUCCAGUCUAACUCUGACUAUAGAUUGGUACAGCAACGGUCAAGCGAUAGAAUUCGAGAUGGAUCCGAGGUUCAUACGCAGCACCGAUUAUUCCUUGAUGAUCACGAAGACUAUUGAGCUGGACUCCGGUGUCUAUACAUGCGUCGCGCGCACUGAACUAGAUGAAGCGAGAGCACAGGCGACUCUUAUCGUUCAGGACGUACCUAAUGCGCCAAGACUGGACAGUAGAAUUACUUGUGGGUCUCAUGAGGCAUCUGUUACUUGGAUGCCUAUGGGAGACAAUAGAGCUCCCAUCUUGCGCUACACUAUCCAAUAUAACACCAGCUUUGCGCCAGAUACUUGGGAGAUAUCCAAGGACCAUGUACCGGCCACCGCUCAGAACGAAAUUGUGCCUAUGUCACCUUGGGCUAAUUAUACGUUCCGUGUUCUCGCAUGGAAUAAAAUAGGCGUAUCUCUACCAUCACCGCACAGCGAGAUUUGCACCACUUUACCGGAUGUCCCUUACAAAAACCCUGAUAAUGUAAUGGGUAAGGGUACAACGCCUCAGAAUUUGGUGAUCACAUGGACGAGUAUGCCACAGAUAGACCACAACGCCCCUAGAUUUAUGUACAGAGUGUAUUACAAGAGAGACAUACCAGGCGAGCAAUGGAUUAUAGUUGAUAUAAACGAUUGGAGGAGGAACAGCUUGCAAGUGGACAAUCAGCCUACUUAUCAGAGAUACAAGAUUAAAGUCGUCGCGAUCAACGAAAAAGGAGAGAGUAAAGCCGCAGCCAGUGAAGUCACCGGAUACUCCGGAGAAGACCAACCCUUACAAGCACCUGGUAAUUUUACAUUGAAUCAAGUGAAGUCUAGCACAAGUGCCCUGCUGUCAUGGAGUCCGGUGUCGGAAGAAUCGGUAAGGGGCGAAUUACAAGGGUACAAAAUUCAAACGUGGACAGAGAAGGAAGGUGAGAAAGGAAUGCGCGAGAUUGACAUUCGCGGUGGAAGUGUUACGCACGCGGAGAUCAACAAAUUUGUGCCGUACAGCAAGAAUUUCGUGAGGAUACUCGCUUACAACGGCAGAUACGCUGGUCCCGCAUCUGAAAUUUUAAGUUUCGACACACCGGAAGGAGUGCCGGGAACGGUGUUUAGUUUAGAAGCGUUCCCAAUGGGAUCGAGCGCCUUGUUCCUUGUUUGGACGCGGCCUACGGAACCAAACGGUAUUCUGACCGGAUAUAGGAUUUAUUAUCAAGUCGUAAAUGGCACGAAAUUGGAAACCUUGCUCGAGAGAAAGCCGGAAGUUAGAGAUGCGGAGGCUACGAGUGCUAAGUUAGCCGCGUUAGCACCCGAUACCAAAUAUCGCGUUCACAUACGUGCUAUGACCAAGACGGGCCAAGGAAACAAUUAUUUCAUCGAACAAAAGACGCGUACGUCUCAACGACCCGAUGUACCGCAGUUUACGUGGGAGACUGUCCCGGUAGAAAAUGGUUAUUCAAAUGUGAGAGUCAUUUGGCUGCCAAAUCUUAACGGUCAUCCGGGAAGUCAUUUCUUUGUCAAAUAUUAUCUCAAAGGCGAAACUGUAUCUUCAGAGACGACUCCCGAGUUCCAGUCCAACAUCAUUGAGAUACGUGGUCUUCAGAGUGGUGAAGUAUAUAUAAUGUCGGUAGUUGCUGUGGACGGCGAUUAUAUAACUGAAAGCGCUCCUCAGGAAGUCGAGACGAGCAGCGAAGGACCUAUUAUUCAACCGAAGGAAAAUGUCGCGACAGCCGGAUGGUUCAUAGGAAUGAUGCUGGCGAUCGCCAUUCUCCUCCUGGUACUGAUAGUCGUUUGCGUGAUCAAACGGAACAGAGGCGGCAAAUACGCGGUACACGAGCGAGAAUUAGCCGCUGGGCGCGGCGAUUAUCCCGACGAGGGUGGAUUUCACGAGUAUUCGCAGCCGUUGGACACCAAAUCGGCCGGCGGACGUGCGUCCUUGGCGUCGUCUCAUCAGGACGGCAAGCAUCCCGAAUCCGAUACCGAUUCCAUGGCAGAGUAUGGCGAGGGUGACACAGAAGGCAUGAACGAAGACGGUUCUUUCAUUGGUCAGUAUGGCCGACAUCGUAAGCAGGAACCAAAUUCGCCAGCGUUUACCACUCUAGUUUAAGGACGCUUCACGGAAGAUGGUUCUUUUAUCGGACAAUAUGGACCUAAAGGUAGACCAGAGGAAACGCCACCCAUUCCAACUGGUACUAUGGCCACGUACGUGUAACCUUUGCAACCAGCUUAAUCAAGUCGCAUAAAGAAAGAUCGAAAGGAAAUAAAAAGAAAGAAAACCGUUUUCUCUUUACGGUUGAGGAUUCCAAUCCUCGGCUAUUGCAGCAGCUCUGCUAUGCACCUUGCGCUGGGCGCAAUGUCCAACACUAUACUGCCAAUUAGACUUUGGUUUUGGGUUUUAUAAUUCUCAUAGAAAUCACGACUGUUGUCUUACGCACUCACUUCAGGAUGCGAAAUACUUCCUGAUGCGGCGUUCAAAUAACGAUAUCAUUUGCAUCGCCAAGAAGUGUCAAACAUUCCCAAUUAUUCAUUUAAUUAGCUUCUCCAAACACGGUGAGAAACUAGUUGCGCGGAGAAAAGCUUGCAUUACGAUUAUCGUUGUUGUUCGAUCGGCAAUUAAUGACGAGUGCUCAUGCGUUUUACAAGCAUAUCUCUAUCUUAAUUAUAAAACCCAAGAACUAUAGGUGUUUCAUAGCGUGCAAGCUAUUUAUGGAAAAUAGUAGCGUAGAAACUAUUCUAGCAUUGACCGUAAUAUUUGAACAGAGCCAGGUUGAGUUAGACACUUUGAUUGGUGAUAAGGUAUACAAGUUGCAUCCGUGUUAUUCGAACUCGCGCGCAAAUGUGAAAUACUUUUAAGACUGCGUGUAGUAUCCGAUGUUUGACGACAUACUGACGGGAAUUCUUCACUGUUUUAGAUACAUAAAUAUCGUUAACCCUUUACGCUCCAAGCGCCAAUCUGAUUGGCUCGGAGCAGUCUUGGCAUUCCACUCCACUUACGUCGACUCAGUAGCAAAUGAAAUGUUAUCGAGUUGGCAAAAUGCUAAGCAGUAACAAUACAAUUAUGCUAAAUUCGAAGAAAAUUAUGGACUGUUGAUAAAUUUAUUCUUCUUAUUCGCAGUUUGAUAGUGUUCGCGAGCAAGCUGUCAACAUCGCGCAAAAACGUCUGCGGAGCGCGAAGGGUUAAAACUAACGGGUGUGAAUAUGCGAAUUUUAUAACGAAUAUAUGGAAAUUAUCUGAUGAAAUUCUAAAUGCACGAGAUUAAUAGUGAUAUAUAGUAAGUGACACGUUAGUUACAUGCAAUCUUAAAAAGAGGGAAGGAAAGAAGAAAUGGCAGAAACAAUGUGAGAGAUAGUGUCGCAAUCUGGCUUCGACUGAAUUUAACUUUAAUCUUUAACGGACGGUUAUUCUAAGAAUGUUUAGCCACAAUCGAUUUUUACUCUGCCGAGAAAGGGCCAAAUCUAAACGAACGAAUAAUUAUCUACGACUAUCACGCACUUACACCUUCAUUAUUAACAGACAUACACGUACACGUAUGUGCGCGCGUGUAUGCGCGAAUAAGGAUAUUCGAAAGAUAAUAUAACGGACGGAGUAAUAUUAAAAAGACGAUUGAAUGUGCACCACGAUAGGUAACAAAGAUCACAAGGCCUCUAAGUAAUUGUUGCUUUUGUAUGUAAAACAUGCUUUGAUGAAAACUCUUUUAUUUUUAUGAAGAUUUACUUUGCUUUUUCGGUAAUUUUUUAUUAUAAUCCACUAAUUAUAAGAUAUGAUGCUAUAUAUAAUUAUUUAUAAUAUAUAAAGAAAAAAAAUAUAAAUAUAUAUAUAUAGAGAGAGAGAGAGAGAAAGAGAGAAAAAAGAAGAGAGAGACAUUAUAUAUAUAUAUUAAUUAUGAAUUGAUUAUUCUUAAAAGAAUGCGACGUUCUCAUCAGAGCAGUUAUAGUUAAUAAUUAUUAACGUCUCGAUAUACGGGACAUUAAAGAAACAUUAGAGAUCUGUUAAUUCUUUUCGAAGCUAUGUGUACAAUUUGUUUAGACUAUUAAGUUUAGUGUUAGUCGACGCAGUGUGUACAGGUUGUCUGCAAAAGUGUCGCAAGCAAAUAUGUC